AUGGCGGGCGUGGGGGCCGGGACAGGGGCGUUGGGCUCCGUAAUCCUCAAGCUCGCCACCUUGCUCGGCGACGAGUACACGAUGCUCAAGAGGGUGCGCAAGGACAUCGCGUUCCUCGAGCGCGAGCUACGGAGGAUGCAGAUCCUGGUGAAUGCUCUGGCCGACAUGGAGGGGCUCGACGAGGUGGCCAAGGAUUGGAAGGGCAGCAUGCGCGACCUCAGCUAUGACAUGGAGGAGUGCAUCGACCGCUUCAUGCUCCGCCUCGACAACGGCGAAUCCAAGCCCGGCUUCGCCAAGAGGACCGCGCGCCAGCUCAAGACGUUGUUCACGCGACAUGGUAUCGGGACCCAGAUUAAGGAGCUCAAGGCCCGCGUCACGGAGGAGAGCGAACGGCGGAAGCGGCUGAAUCUCGACAACUUUGUUGUGAAUCCAACAAAGCAUGUGGUGAUAGAUCCCCGGCUAGCUGCGUUCCACGGGGUGGCCAAGGGCUUGGUGGCCAUGGAGGGGCGCAUGGAUGAGGUUAUCUCUUUAUUGAAGGAGGAGAGGGCGGAGCUGAAGGUGGUGGCCAUUGUUGGGGGUGGGGGGCUGGGAAAGACUACCCUUGCCAUGGAAGCCUAUCGCAAGAUUGGAGGAGGUUUCCAGUGCCAAGCUCAUGUGACGGUGUCACGCACCCUCGAUCUCAAGAAGCUCUUACAUGAUGUCCUAUCUCAAAUCGACCAAGAUACAUUCAGUCAAUGCAAGAGUUGGGAGGAAGAUCAACUAAUCCGUCGGAUCAAACACAUAUUGACAAAUAAGAGGUAUAUGGAAAGAACAAGACUGGAAAAUUAUCGAAGCGAUGUUUCCUAA